AUGGAGGAGACAGUCCUUCAUCACACGUCCAUCCUCCAUCGCAUCGGAUCAGCUAUGGAUCUAAUGAUGGAGAGGAUGGAUCGUUGGGAGAGGAGUGGUCUCCCUACUACCCCACCUACCCUCCCUCCAGCAACUAUACCAUCUCCUCCAGCGGGAUCCGGUGCCAGCGCUUUGCGUAUUACGCCUCCAAGUCAGUACGAUGGAGCGGCGGCGGGGUGCCAGGGAUUCCUGCUACAAUUAGAUCUGUACCUGGCCACCGUUCGACCAGCUCCCUCGGACGAAGAGAGCGUGAGUGUCCUCGUCUCCUGCCUGACGGGUAGAGCCCUAGAUGAAGGCCUGAUCCUGAAGAAGUCAGGAGGAAACAUGUUCCCUGUGUGUUACUGGUGUGGCUUCAACAGCGUGUGUUACUACUGGUCAAAGAGGGCACUCACCAUCAAGUGCUCCACAUACAGGCAAGCUCGCUGGUGGAGUCACUCCAUCGAUGAGUUUGCUCAGAAGUAUGGGAUAGACUUCCUGGGAUCCUUCGCUCCCAUCAGAGAAAACACCAAAACACAAUGGUCCGUCAACACAGUGGGCUACUUUGAUGCCAUCGCUGACGCCCUGGAAGGAGCCAAAGAGGAAAUCUUCAUCACAGCCUGGUUUAGUCCUGAAAUCUUCUUAAAAAGGCUUGUGGUUGAUGGGAACACCUGGAGAUUGGAUUAUGUUCUGAAGCGUAAAGCAGAGCAGAGGGUUAAUAUCUGUGUGGCAGUUAUUCUGGGACUGAACAGAGAGUAUACCAAGAGAACCCUCAUGGGCCUCCACCCAAACAUCCGAGUGAUUGGGCACCCUGACCAUGAACCCACUACUGCCCUGUUGUGGGCGCACCACAAAAAGACUGUGGUGAUUGAUCAAUCGCUGGCUUUCCUGGGAGGCAUUUAUCUGGCCUACGGGUACUGGGAUGACUCCCAGCACAGACUCACUGAUGUGGGCAGUGUGCGGAGGAGUCCCCAGCCCAGCCCUCUCCCCCAGCUCCACCAGAAUAUGUUUCAAAGCUUUUUAAUGACCUUGAAAGAUUUUAUCAAGGACUCUUUCCGUGUCUCUCCCCAGCAAUCGGCUACUAUUGCCAAGGAAGAGGAGGAGGAAGAUGAGAGGAAGUAUAGCGAGCACUGUGGCAGCCCCAGUUGGCAGCCCCAGAGACUGAGUUACAGAGGCCUUGCCCAGAGAAAGACGCCUAUAGAUGCACAACAAAGGAAUGUGGAUGCCAACGCUGGCCACUCUAGUAUUGACCACCAAGAGGAGAGCUAUGGAAAAGCCCCCUUCCCUAGCAGGGAGCCCCAGAGUGGGUCUUUUGAAAAGGAGUGUCUUGCCCUUCCUGUAGUAACAGUGCCCGGGAAUGGUGACAGUAAUGUUGCCUUUCAAAGGGAGACCUAUGAAAGCGCCCCCCACCCCAGGAUCAGAAAUCAAGUAGAGAGCAAUGGAAGAGAUGCCCUGCCCGGCAUGAAGGAGAAGUGGCAGCCUAUGACUGUGUACCUCUCCAAAGCCUCUACCACCACUGCUCCGAUUCAAGUAUUGAGGUUGAUAGGCCAGUGGUCUAUAGGAUCUAACAUCCACAAGGAGUCUAUAUACCUGGCCUACAUCUCUGCCAUCCAGAACAGCAAACACUUAAUCUACAUCCAGAACCAGUUUUUCAUCAGCUGUGCAGACAGAACCAUUCACAACAGCAUAGGAGAUGCACUGACACAGAGGAUCCUACGAGCGUACAGGGAGAAAAGGCGGUUCCGGGUGUACAUAGUGAUGCCUCUGCUACCCAGCUACGAAGGCGACAUCUCCUCAGAAGGGGGCCAAACCAUCAAAGCCAUCAUGUACUUUAAUUACAGGACCAUGUGCUGGGGAGAUCACAUCGAGAGACUGAAAUGUGUGAUGGAAGCCUGCUGGAUCAACUACAUCUUGUUCUGUGGGCUGAGGACUCAUGCUGACCUGGACGACAGACUAGUCACUGAGCUGAUCUAUGUCCACAGCAAACUGCUCAUAGUGAACAAUCGCACCAUCAUCAUCGGCUCAGCCAACAUCAACGACAGAAGCAUGCUGGGUAAGCGGGACAGUGAGAUGGAGGUGGUGGUGGAGGACGCGGACAUGGUAAUGGCCGUGAUGGACAGAGAGAGCUACCAGUUUGGGAGUUUUGCCCUGUCACUCAGAGAAGAGUGUUUCAGGUCAUUCAAAUUAAUAAGAAAAAGUGGG